AUGUCUCUAUUCGUGGAACCUGCUAAGAAGUCGACGGUCGCAUUUGACACUGAUUCGGAAAGUGACUCCAUUCAGACUGAUUCAACCGCGAAAAGUGAGCUGCGCGACGAAUAUGAGGUGGAGAAAAUCCUGAUGGAGCAGGAUGGUCUGUACCUAGUCAAGUGGGAAGGCUACAAAUUGUGUCGCUCGACUUGGGAGCCGCGAGAAAGUCUUGUAGGUGAAGAGACGCUCGCAGAAUGGGAACGUCAAAAGCAACGAAUCGCAGCCGGACAGGCCAAACCGUUCGACUUUGAUGAAUACAUGACAGCAUAUUCCAAGGCAGAGGCUGAAAGGAAGGAUAAGCGACGACGACGAAAUGCGAAGCGCCAGAAGCGUGGACUUCCAAUCCGGACCUACACUCCGUCCGAGGAUUCUGACGCUGACGAUGAGGAUUUGGAUGAUGGAGAGAUCCCACAUGAAGCCGAGCGUGCGAAUGACCAAAGCAUGCCGAUUGCUUCAUCUAAGCGCCAGGCCAGCUCUUACAAGUCUCCUAGGGUCACAAAGAGAUCGAAGCAGCUGGAAGUGACACGCAAGGGUGUGGCGAAAAAGAUCACACGCAACCGCGUGGUCUCAGACACAUCCUCGAGCGAUGACGGUAGCAGCAGUGACCAGACUCGAAGUUCUAGUGUUGAUUCUCUUCGAGAAGAGCUUGUAGCGAGGGCUACUGACCUGGGUACGAGAACAAGAAAAGCAGCCAAGUCGAGACAAGAAUCUGCUCAGACACGAAAACCAGUUGCUACAUCCUCUAUCAAGGAAACAGGUCCGACAGAAGCACCACAGCGUGCAUCCACAAUAACUACCAACCUGAAAGAAGCCACCGCUGUAGAAAAGGUCAACGUCAUCAAUCAGGUUCCUCAUAAGACCGGCCCCUCAGGCGCAGCUAGGAAAAGCGCCCCGAGUCAUGUGGCAGCAGGUCCUGCGAGGAAACCCCAUGAUAUUCUGGCAAAUUGGAGCGCUCCAAAGCAGCGUAGGGAGCGACAACGGGUGUCUGGGGCUACCCCAAAAGAUUCUACCGAUCCCAAAUUUACCGCCCUGUCUAUACAAAGCAGAUAUCAAAAGUAUGGCCGAGAGAACGAGAAACCGCCCGACUUUAACGCACUGACGGUCAUCGAUCCCAAGACUGGCAAAACGAUCCCGCCAAGAGCUACUGUACAGGACGUACCCGCAAAGGAAUCUUCCAGCGCAUAUCGUCGACGGACGCCUCCGCCCCAGGAGAGGAGAAGGUCAUCGACUCCUCCACCAGUUCAAGUCCCAGCAGCGUCGAGAGACUCCGCACGUAACCAUGCUGCCAUUAACGUCAAGCCAAUUUGUAGCAGAUGGCUCACCAAAGGAUGUCCAAAAGCCGCAGACAAAUGUGACUUUGUCCAUCCCGUCUCUAAAAAUAUCAUUGAUCAUUCCGUCGACAAAAAGAAUGUUACCUGCUGGUAUUGGCUUUCCAAACAUGCCUGUGCGUUUGGRUCAACUUGCCAGUUUGCGCACGUCGAUACAAGGAUAUACAGUUCACCACCAAGCUCUGGCCAGGGCUACUUUACUGUAAACCUCCCGCGCGCAGACGUUUCGUUACCUCCGCCUCAACCGCAAAUCGUCCAGUCGCCUCCACGACCAACCAGCGUUUCCGCACAACCAGUUGUUAGACCUCCGGGGGAACCUGCUUGUCGCGAGUGGCUGGAAGGAACUUGUUCAAAAUCCGCAGAAAGAUGUACUUGGGCUCACGCGCUCCCAACCGAGCCGUACAGAGGUGACUUCAACACUAUUCCCAAAUCUCAGGUUCUUUGCUACUAUUGGGCAAAGGGGGGUUCCUGCAACAGAGGAAGGUCAUGUGCAUUCUCGCAUGUUGACACCGGCAUCCAAGCUGGCCCGCCCGGGUCAGGGUCUUCUGGGCGUAUCAGCAUAGUUCCGAAGACGUCGGAAUAUCGUCCUUCUGAGCCUUCUGAGCCGAUCAGUCACGCCCGACAAACAACUUACGUCGCUCCAGACCCAAGCGAGAAUUCGCGGCGAGACGGCAGUGUUAGUAAGGCUGAUGCGAUUACAAGGAACUUACCGCCGCGUGGGCUUACGUGCUUUUUCUGGCGCACGAGAGGUCAAUGUGCGAAGCCAGACAAAAUGUGUGAAUACGCACAUUUUGACACGGGCGUAUGGGCUGCGCCGCCACCUGGAUUUAAUCACUCCAGGGAGGAUACGCAGCACCCAUCAGGCAACGCAAACAUGAUCCCGAUUGCCGCUAACCGCGGCUUGUCAUUGCAUACACACGUUGACUCAGCUCUGAUCGAUGCCCAGGGGCUAUCUUCACAGUCGCCCAGGGAGCUUGUCGGUUCUCCACUACAACUACAAGCCCCACCGAUGGCCCCACCCGGACGGGAGGAUGUAUUGCAGCGGCAGAGCAUUUCCACUCCUGCUGGAUCGAUGGCGACCACCUUGACAAUCUACUACACGGACGAUCAUCAGCCAACACCGCUUCAAACGAAGCUCGAACUAUCGGAACUCCACAUAUUCGGAAAACUUGCUGGAGCAGAUCCACAACUCAAUGUCGAUCGCGUUGUUCUGGCCAGCGACUUCAAAACAAUAGUUUGGGAUGACUACAUGCGCCGUUCCGAGAGCACAGUGGGUAGCAUUGUCGUUUCGAAUGCUGCCGCUGGACAAAGUCUUGUGGAGCUGUGCAAGCAGCAUACCAUUGGUCUGAUCGCGACACAGCCGGGGAAGAAGUCGCGGAUGCUCAUAUACCCUCCAAGCGACGAUGUGUGGAAAUUCCUCGACAUCGGCUCGAACUGGAAGACCGAUUCUGCUCUUCGAUUCCAUCUGUUCAGCGAAGUUCCGGGCAUUGAAGACAUCGCUCUUAGCGGAACAUCCGCAUUGGUGAAUCCAUCAAGAAAGCGCCCCCCUCCCGUCAUUGCUGGGGAAGAACUCGUCAAGCUGGACUCGGCGAGGCUGCUACCAGUGAGUGGUAAAUCGAGCCACGGGGCUCGGGCCGCCUUUCUCAUGUUUCCACCGGGACAUCACGUUGAGUUGGAAUUCUAUGCGAAGUUCCUUGGGGCGCAGAACUAUCGUGUCUACCACUCAGGAGCUGCAGGAGCAUGGCAGUACUUUUGCAAGACCAAUGACAGGAAGGUUGUCAUAGUCCACCCUGACGUUCCCAUAUGGCAGGUCCCCGACCUGAAGCAUCUACUCUGGUCUGGAACGAGUAUCUUCUCUGUUGGCCUCAAUCACCUUGACCCCAUGGAGGAUGCGUUGUUUGGAUKCGAGCGACUGUUCCCACAUGCGACUGCCGUGUUGAUCACUGAUGAUGUCUUCAUCUACCACCCCGGGAAGGCUUUGGAGGUUUUGAACGGCUUCCUCAAGUCAAUGAAGGGCAGGCUAGAGUACAAGAUCGUCACGAGGCCUGGUGUGAAGCAGUGGCUGCUCCAUUUGGCGGAAGGGAGCUUCACUGAGCGCGGAAGACAAGACAACCAGUGGAUGUCCUUGUACGAUGCGAUCUGUCGCCUAUGCCCUCCAGAAGAUGAGGACCCAUAUGACCCGCCCAAUCCUCGUGCAGACACUCAGUUGGUUUCGCUCUCACCGGAGGUAUUUCCCAAGUACGAAGAAAUGUGGGAGAGCAAUGAGGCUGCAGCGACGGGGUUCCUGGUGGAAUGGUUCGCUGGCUGGACGAUCGAGAAUAUCACAAGGCUCCGCAAGCUGUACGUUCUCUACGAGCCCAAAUCGGGGUUCCACAGUAUAUUGGACGCUGCUGGGAAGUGGCCGGCCGAGGAUUCUCAUGGCUGGGUGGAGAGAUACCAGCACAUCUGGUUUCAGCGGCCAGAAGACAUCUUCGCAGCGAAGAAAUGA